ACCGUGCGGAAGGAGGGUACCGCAGAGAAUGUUGCGACCCAGAUAUUCGAUACCGUUGACUCGUCCAACAAUCUGAUCUCUCCCAAUGAGUGUGCGGUUUGCUGAUACUGGGAAGCAACAGUCUGAUGUCGAACCGCAAAAAACUGGUGCUGAAGCGCGGCAGCAUGAUGCUGAGCCGCGGAGGUCUCCUGCUGGUGAGAAGGGUACCGGUUCGUCUGCCGGUGGUGCGGGUUAUGAAGGGCCUCCAAUUCAGCCUGGGGAGUCUGAAUUGGAGUAUUACUACCGCACCUAUACCCAGGGUCGAAGUACUGUUUAUCACCGACCCCCCUGGACUGUUAUGCAGGGGGAUGAUAUUUCCAACGACCCUUCGGCAUGUAAGGAGAUUCUAGGUGGUCUGGGCACCCCCUUCGAAGUUGAACGUGCCCGUGCCGCACCUCGUGAGCUGCGUAUAAACCAGCUCUCAACAAUGUUAAUAGGAUCUUCCAUUGUGGCUAAUGCCAUUUUGGAAGAUUACAAGGUGUUGGGCCGCCGCGAGGAAGAAGCUGCUCGCAUGCGGGCUGAUGCGGAAAAGUUGGUCGAGGCUGCUCGUGCGGGUGCGGAGCAGCUUGAGAAAGAGAGGGCUGCUUUUGAGAAGCAGAAACAGACCGCGGAGUGGGCUGCCACUGCUCAGCUGAAACAGGAGUUAACGAAUGCCAAGGCAGCGAACGUUGCCUUGGGCAAGGAAAAAGCUGCAGCUGAGGCCAUUGCAGUUAAAGCGCAGCAGGCGAAGGCCGAGGCCCUAAAGGCGCUUGAAGAGGCCAAGGAAGCCGGGGCGCGUGCUGCAAAGGCCCUUGAAGAGGCCGCAGAGAAGGAGAGCCGUCCUUCUAUGGCUCUUGAAGAGGCGAAUGCGGAGCGCAUUCGUUUGGGUAAAGUUGUUGCCAGCCUUCAGGCUGAGGUUCAGGCCCGGGAGGUCGCAGUUACAGACCUUACUGCCCGCGUGUCUGUUGCGGAGGAGCGGGCUGAUGCCGCUGUUGAGGCCAAGGAUGCCUUGGUGUCCUCUUUUGACCAGCUGAAGGCUGACCGUGAGUGGUUGCGGACUCACGGUAUCGCGCGUAUUGUUGAGGCUAUCAUGGAUGCCCCUGAGACCGCAGCUGGCUUGGACUUGGUCAAGCAGCGUGCUCGUGAUGCUGGUUUUAAAGCUGGUUACAACCGCUGUAUUUCCCAUAUGAACGUCAUGUCUAUAGGUGGUGAUAUCGAAGAGCGAUCCGGCUUUCGGGACGUGGAUACCGAGUCGCUUCUUAAAGCGGCCGAAGUCUCCUUUUAUGAUACGUCCCUUGCCUGUGUAGAGGAACUGGACAAUUGUUUGGAGGCUGCGGACUAUGUUGAUCGCCUGCGGAUGCUUUAUCCGGAUGCGGAAGAGGAAGAUCCCGCUGGUGGUGCCGGAGGAGAUGCGGGAACCAGCGGUACAAAAUAGGGUUUAGGUUGGCUAGUGUGCCUCCUGUUUGUUUUCCUCUUGUA